AUGCUGGGACGGAUACCAGCGAAGGACCUGGUUAAUAGUAUCUCAGAGCUUCACUGGGCUUUUUUCGUGUUGGUCAUUGAUCAGUUGACCAUCAGGGACAGUAACUUGAGCUGUGGUAUUUCCGUGCACCUUGGGCAAGACGGUCUGAGCGAUCAAACCAAGUCGGCUGAUGAAAACAUACAAGUCAUGUUGAGCUCAACGGACCAAGAGUUCAGAGAUUUUGCCCGGAUGGCUAACUGGAAUUUUCCCAAAUUUCACUCUCUUGUCGCGUCUAGCUAUCCCUCGCAGGCAGCAGCUGAAGAGGUUCUUGAAGCAUACGGUAUUCUGCCGACAUCAUCUGAUGCAGAACUGUUUGAGGCAUUCUCUGAGUUCAUAUCUGAUGCCACCAUGUUGCAUAAAGUAUAUCGCGCAAGCGAGUUCUUCAAGACCCAUCGUGGGAAACAAGCUCUCCUCCAUGGGAAAGACCCAAAGCACGUAGGAGUCCAAUAUUGCCAUUUCGAAUUCGGCAAUCCCUUCUCAGGCCCCAUGCAAGGAAUUGCGCACCACGGAGUUGAGUUGAUCUAUGCUUUUGGCAAUUUUCACAACGCGCUAGAGAAGGCUGACCAGGAGCUUACAGAAGCUGCUAUUCCUGAAAUCCCAUCGAAUGCCGAGGCCGCGGAGGAACGCAAGUCCAACAUUGACUUAGGCUGUGAACUGCAGGACAUGUUGAUCCGAUUCGUUGUCGAGGAUUGUCGAGAGACCGACCAGCGCGCGGAUCCCGACGAGAUAGCGACAUUUCGUCAUGAUCGAUCGGUCCGCAUGGAGAGUUGGUCCAGUAGCGAGAAAUGGGUGGCAAGGACAAAGAAAUUUAAGCUUUUAGAUAAGGAUUUCAAUUCUUUAACGACUGCCACCAAGAAACUUGUAGGCGGCGUUAUAGGUAUGAGACUAUAA